AUGGAUUUUCCAGAUAUCAAAAAGAACCCUAAAACGUUGAAUAAUAACAGCAAAGACAACCCCGAAUUUGCUGAUAAUUAUUACAAACGGAGUUACAUAAAAGGGAGAAAAAAUGAAGAAAUUAAAAUAGGCUCAAACCUGUCUACGAACAAUGAUGUAUUACAACUACCCAGCGUGCUUCACAACCAAAUUAGGAUAAUACGGACAAAUGACAGCUGCUUUAAAGACUACGUCGUUUUGAACAACCUAGGAAAGGGAACGUACGCACAAGUAUGGAAGGUGAAGCAUAAAAUUACGAACGAAAUAUUUGCAGCCAAGUUGUUACAACCAAAUCAAUUUCCAAAGGAAUCAUUUAAUCGAAUUGUUGAAAUGUUUACAAAAGAAAUAAUUAAUCUAUCCAUAUGUCAAUGUCCUGGAGUGAUAAAGUUACACAAAGUUAUAGGAGGAAAAGAAGGCUGGAUAUUAAUACAAGAUUAUGCAAAUGAUGGGACGUUGUGGAAGGAAAAUCUAUCCAGUAAUAUGACUGAAGCCUUUCUGUACUUCAUUCAACUGCUACAAGGCAUGUGGUACAUCCAAGACAUGAAUAUUGUUCACAGAGAUUUAAAACCAACAAAUAUUUUAAGAUACGACAAUAAAAGGAUAGUCAUAGCUGACUUUGGAUGGUCCGAACAUAUCGACUCUUGCAAUUUACACCCCACGGAAUGGCCGGGCACGUUAGAAAUUAACCCCCCAGAGGUACUCAGAAAUACGGGACCCAUGACGGAAAAAAUUGACAACUACGCCCUUGGAAUGAAUAUGAUUUUAUUCAUUUCGGGAAGAUUCGUGUGUAGACAAAAAGGAAUCGAGUGUUCAAAAGUCGCUCAAACUAUUUUGAAAACUGUGCAUAAUUUGAGACACUCCAAACCUCCUAGCAGAUUUAGGGAGAAUCUUAAAGCGUGGGAUUUAUUCGUUAAGUUGACUUCAUCCAACCCCAGUGAACGAUUAAGCCUGCAGAAUGUAUUGGACCACCCCUGGGUGACAGAGAUGUUAAACAAUUUUAGCCUGCAGAAUUCCAAGUUCCUGUGGCAUGAGAAGGUUAAGAGCAGGUGGAUUUACCUCCUCUCGAAUAACUGGAACUUUUUCAAAAAUAUUUCCUCCAUUUCGCCGAGCGGGGUGAGCGGUGUGAACGGGGUGACCGCGGCGAGUGGGGCGAGUGCAACCCACGCGGUCUACUCAACCAACGCAGUCAACGCCAUUUCCCUCAGCGCGAACGGCAAAAUGAAGCAAAACGGCGAAGUAGACAAGGACGACGCUUCUGCUUCGAAGGGAAACAACAAAGCAACCGUCGUCAUGGACGUAGACAAAGAAACCCCCAAGGACAAAACUAGUAACAAUAAAUAUUCGCACGCCUGCCUCAAAAAUGACUACGAGAUUCUCUACUAUAUGAUGAAGAAUAAUUUUAAAAAUAGAAUAAACUGUUGCUCCGUGAAGAAAAGCGACCCCUGCACCUGCAGGAGCAAUGACAGCAGAACGAAGCAAAGUAGGGAUGCCAAAAGUGCGGUCAAAACGGACCAAAGAACAGUCAGCAGUAGCUACAACGAUGAUAGACCCUUGAACGGGGGGGCCAUGUACGUGGAAGACGCCAAGAAGGAUAACUUUCUGGUCAUCAACGAUGACACGGAAAAUGCGAACAAGGGCAGUCUUGCGAAGAAGAAAAAGGAGGACCAUAUGACGAAGAAGGAAAAUGAAGCUAUCGUGAUAAACGACGAGGAGGACGAUGAAGGAGGUGAAGGAGGCGAAGCAGAUGAAGAAGGCGAAGCAGAUGAAGGAGGAGAAGCAGAUGAAGGAGGCGAAGCAGAUGAAGGAGGAGAAGCAGAUGAAGGAGGCGAAGCAGAUGAAGGGGGCGAAGCAGAUGAAGGGGGCGAAGCAGAUGAAGGAAGUGACGGAGGUGACGUGAGGGACAACCGUGCGGUGCACAACAAUUACGUGCGCAAGAAGAAACAAGCACCACAUCGUGCCAGCCGCAGGGAAGAAUCGAAGAAUGGCAAAGUUAGCCAAGUUAGUCAUGCCAACCAAAUCGUCAAAAAGAAAGGCACCUACCACGAAGUGUGUAGCAGCGGGGGCCAAGAUGACGAGUUCCUGGAGGAGCAGGUGCGAGACAUCGAGCGGGGGAUCACCGACGGGGAAGAAGCGGAGGAUGGAGGUGACGCGGAAGAGGAAGAGGAAGACGAUGAUGAGGAUGACGAGGAUGACGAGGAUGACGAAGAUGACGAGGAUGACGAGGAUGACGAGGAUGACGAGGACGACGACGAGGACGACGAGGACGAUGAUGAGGACGACGACGAUGAAGAGGAGGAGGAAGAAGAAGAAGAAGACCACGAUCAAAACCAUCGAAGCAAAGAUGAGCACAACCGCAACGGUACACUGGACAGCAAGAACAACCAAGUUACCUACAUGAAAAGCGGGAAAAAUAAUAACCACCUGAAAAGUGCACGGCAAAAGUCCUACAGCAGGAGCGAGACGUACGAUGAUUUUUUAAACUAUAAGGGCAAAAAGAAUGCCCAUAGGUAUGGAAAACCCGUAGAGGUGAUCCUCAAUGGCAACGGAAAAAGUGGUAAGAAGGGAAUGGCCGCAAACGAGGAUUCCCUUUUUCAGGAAAGAAAUCGUAAUGAUACCAUUAACGCAUCGGACGAGAAGGAAGAGGCGAGUUGUUCAAAUUGCAAAAACGCUUUGGACAGCAAAGCAUCGAAAUGGUUUUGUGCAGAGAAGGAUAAACAGGAUAAUCAGGAUAAUCAGUAUAAUCAGCAUAAUCAGCAUCAACAGGAUCAACCGAGGCAAACGGAGCAGUCAGUGAGUUAUACAAAGAAGACGACGACCCAUCUGGGGAAUUUUCAAGACGCGCUUCUCACCUUUGGUAAGUCCAAAAAUCUGAGAUUAUCGAAGGACCAAACGAUGGGCGAGUUGGCGGAAAAAAUCUGCAGGAGGGGCAGCACUGGGAAUGUGAGAAGCUCGCACAAAGGGGAUGAAGCCAAUGGGGUGAACGCAGAGGAGAGAACGGAUAGAGAAGACAGGUCAUGCAAAUAUGAAGGAACGCGAGAAGGGGGAGUGAUAGACCUCGAAGACCCCCCACCCCGCGGGAAUAAAUGGAUGCAGGGGGGAGAUUCACCACGAGAUGAGCACGCAGUGGGAGGUGAAGAUGAUGAGGAAGAAGCCGAUGAGGAAGAGGCCGAUGAGGAAGAAGCCGAUGAGGAGGGAGCCGAUGAGGACGAAGCCGAUGAGGACGAAGCCGAUGAGGAAGAAGCCGAUGAGGACGAAAAUUACAUCAAAAUUUACGCCAACAACUUUAACAUCAACAAAUCGGGGAAGCACAAAAAGUGCGCCAAGAAGAAGGAGUCCUUUUCGAACAAAGUCAAUUCAAUAUUGGAGAAUUCGAAGGAGCUAAAAAAAAAAUUAAAAAAAAACUUAUCCAGUUUGUACGAAAUGGGUUUAAGCGAAGCAAGGGGAGGGGGACAGAUCGUCGGCGCGUAUGAACAGAAGCGUUACCAGUUGGACCCCCACAAUCCAGAAAGUAUCAACACCUACAACGGAAUUCGCACUGACAGCCGAAAUGGCAACCGAAAUGGCAAUCGCGUCCAAGUCAGCCUCAAUCAGGAAAAGGUCGCAAACAUAAGGGACCAAGUGGGUAGGAAAAUGGGCAGCAAUGUGGGCAGCAACGUGGGCAGCAAAAUGGGCAACAAAAUGGAUAGCAAAAUGGGCCAAGCCCGUUGCACUGAUUUCGUGGCGCACCAAAAAAGGAUCACCUCCUUCUCCGCAAAUAGUGAAGCAAUCAAAAUGGACAUGGAAAAAUUGGGGGGGAAGCACAUCCAUGAUGAGAACACCUUGUCGAAAAAGAAAAAAAUGGGAAAUAAUUCUUUCUCAGUAGCAGAAGGUAAAGUUAGUGAAAAGGUGCACUAUGACUGUGAGGAGGGUCCGACAAAAGGGGAAGGUCACACCAUUGCAGAUAGAACAAAUGGGAGCCACAUGGAGAACUUAAAUAAUAAACAGGAACCAUUUGACUUCCCCCCCCAUUUGAGGAACUACUUCAACAAGGCUACUACAUCCACUGCGUCAGACAUUUGUGGGAAGGUGGACAAACCGGGAGACCUUUCCCGAAGUCUCAUAGACAGCUGCGUCAGAUAUAUGGAAGACUCGCGAGUAAAAAACAGGCAUCCAGACCGGUUUGCUUGCUAUGCGGAGGGGGAAAGCGUAGGAGACAAGGACAAAAAGACCCACCCCUUGCGAGCUGGCAGAAGCGGUGACAUGGAAAAAGUGAACAGUAAGUUGCCGAUGAAAGAGAGCGAACAGCUCAGACCAACAAAUUGGGAAAUCUUUUCAAAUAACGAUCAAAGAGGAGAAUGCGUCAGUGUUCACAUGAACAAUGGCAAGGACAAUGACGAUAAGAGGCAGCACAUUGGUAAUAAAAAAGGAACACCCAUCGAAGCAAUGGCGAGGAUGCCGUCCAAAAGUAACCUCUCCAAUUAUAGCAUUAAUCACCGUGGUAGUAACAAAGGAACAAAUUACAAGUAUGAAAAUGGUUUCACCUCUCUGUUGAACAAAAAAAAAUUGCACCUCGGGAAUUACCUCGACAAUGAUGUAGAGGCACUCACGAAUCGUUACGUGGAACAAAUAAAAGUUAUUGGCAAAGAUGGGAAAAACAACAACAAGCAUAUGUCCUUAAAUUCCAUCUUUUCAGAAGACAUGAGACAAAGUGAAAACUCCACACAGUGUAAUGACCGAGUAAAUAAAAAUGAGAAGAAUUUCUCCUACAAUAAUGACCCCCCCACCCAUAUGUCAGACGAACCCAAUAGCAGCAACGACAUGAACGAUAUUAUAAUUAAUAAUUUUAUGAAUAACACGAAAGGUGGUGCGAAUUACGAUGGAAGGAAAAAGACGACGGAAGUCCAUCCGGGGGAAGUGCACCCGGGGGAAGUCCACAUGAGGGAAGUCCAUAUGAGGGAAGUGCACCCGGGGGAAGUCCACAUGAGGGAAGCCCACCUGGGGGAAGUCCACCCGGGCCAGUUCGAUGGAACAGGGAAUUACGACACCUCCAGCGGAAACACAAGGCAUAAUUACUUUUCCAGCAAAAAGGGCUACGACAAGAACGAGCAGUACUACCCAACCAAUAAUUUGACAAAGUUAGCCGAACGCAAGAAUGAAGGUGAUCCACAAGGUGGCAGCUUCUCCUGCGUGGCGAAUUACGAAACCAGUUACGAGGAGAAUGACUGCAAUAGCAGCAGCAGGAGUGUGGAGAAGAGCGAGCAUUCGGGUUUUAUGAGAAUGCUGAAAGCGUUGGGCGGGGAGGAACACUGCGCCAACUGGAUGAGCAGCACGGCGAGCGCCAACGGAAGCCGAAGUGACAACCGAAGUGACAACCGAAGUGACAACCGUAGUGACAACCGCAGUGACAACCGCAGUCGGAACCCAUUUGUGGCGGGCAAGGAGCGGUACGAGGACCUGCUGCUGGGGGACCUCCCCCAGGAGGGAAAAGCACCGAGCGGAAAAAAAGAGUUCAAGGCGGAGGGGAAAGACAGAAAUUCAAUGAAUCUACAAAUGGAAGGUAAGGCAGCAAACCAGGGUGCUCUCUCGCAUUUCGCCUCGGGGGGGAAUAAGACGUUCGAAGAAGUGCGCCGUGCCCAGGCCAUCAGCGCGCAUGCCUACUUGGAGGGGAGCGGAAAUGGAGGUGACAGCCGAAGUGACAACCGAAGCGACGCCCGAAGCGACAGCCGAAGCGGAGGUGCGCACAACCACAAGCCGAGCGCGUUUCUCCACCCAAGCAGCUACACCAAGGCGACCAUACGACUCGACGAAACCAUUCGCGAUAACUUUAACAAAACGUCCAGCUCCUCCACAUACGACUACAGCGACUUCGAUUUCCAUUGCUCAUCCAACAAGGACAACAUUGUGGACUCGUUCAACACCGAGUAUAAGUUAACCACGACGAGGGAAAGGGAGAAGGCUGUUAUGCAAAGACAGAAGAAGGAGGAGAAGCAGGAAAGGCUCUGCUACCACCAAACGGGCGCCAGGUUUCAGGUUCCCAAUUAA